CUAAAACUUGGAGCCAUACAAGAAGGACGAGAAGCAGUCGGAAAAAAAUCAUCUGGUUCAUACUAAAUGGUGAAAGGAAUAUUGGAUUUAUUGUAUAUUAGAUGUACACUAGAUUGGCAUGUAAAUACUGAAUAUUGAAUGAACCUUGAAGAGACGCGUGGUUUCGUCUUUUUCUCGUGUCUCGAGUUGGGGCUUCAGUGAUCACUGGUUGUUGUUUAUUGCUGUUCUUGUUAAGUAUUACUCACCUCUUCUUUUGUUACUUUUUCCAGUUUUCCCCACUUACGCUACUCUGCAACUCCUAAUAUAUAAUAUAUCUCCUGACUGGACAUAAAUUGCUACGCUUGUGAUGAGUAACAGUUGCAGUGAAGAUUUUUCCGAGGGUGAGCAGAAGAAAAGCCGGAGUAAGGAUUCGAAGACAAAGGUGGAGGACGAGUCAAUGGAAGUAGAUGAGUCUACGAUCAAAAAUGAGGUUUAUAUCCUGGGUCGUUCUCGUCCACUUGAGGACGAUGAAGAGCUAGUCAUGGAUAAAAAUGCCUAUAGAAUGUUUUUCGAAUUAGAAGUAGAGUCGCCAAGUCUCAGUUUCGACAUUUUAACAGACAACCUUGGCUUUGACCGCUGUGUUGAGAUUAAUGGUGAAGCUCACAGUGUUUGCCUUAUUUCGGGGACAGAGGCACCAAAAAAUCAUCAGAACAAACUUGUAGUCAUGCGUCUAUGCAAUAUGGUGCCGUUUAAAAGAAAGGUUUCUACCGAAGACACGCACUCUGAUUCAGAUGAUGAAAGUGAUUCUGAAGAAGAAGACUUAGAUGCGGAACCUGAGAUUGAGGCUGUUACUAUCGUACAUCAAGGUACAGUCAAUCGAGUCCGAGCCAAGCAACACAGGGGUCGAUACCUUGCUGCAUCCUGGUCAGAAAAUGGAUUGGUAUUCAUAUGGGAUUUGACCAGACCGCUUACAGCCGUAAAUGAUUCAGCUGUUAUGGCCGAUUAUGUGCGUCAUAGUGAAUCUCCUUCACCUUUGUUCACAUUUAAUGGUCAUAAUUCAGAAGGUUUUGCUUUGGACUGGAGUACUCACACUAAUUCUUCUGGACAUUUAGCUACAGGAGAUUGUAAUGGUCGUAUUUAUCACUGGAUACCUAGAACUUCUGACUGGGCUGUAUCAAAAAGGGCUUAUUUAGGCCAUACAGAUUCAGUUGAAGAUAUUCAGUGGUCUCCGACGGAACCAACUGUAUUUAUCUCUGUCUCUUCAGACCAUAGUAUACGUGUUUGGGAUGUUCGUGCUCCAAUAUCGAGUGGAAGCAUGCUUACAGUUUCAGAAGCCCAUCCAGCAGACAUAAACGUUGCCUCUUGGAAUCGGUUGCAAGCUGUUAAUUUACUGACAGGAGGAGACGAUGGAACCUUAAGAGUAUGGGACUUACGAUUAAUUCACAGUUGUUACUGCGGUGGAAAAGCGAAUAAUUCAUCUGUACCUGCUUAUACGCACUUAUUCGAUUACCACAAGAAACCAAUCACUUCGGUAGAAUGGCAUCCAAAUGACGCUGGAGUGUUUGUGGCAACAUGUGAAGAUGAUCAAGCUACAUUUUGGGACAUUAAUUUAGAACAACCUGAACAAGAUGUAAAACAGUCAACUGACCCAAGUUCAAAUGAAGAAGAGGAUUUAGGCAUACCAGUUCAAAUGUUAUUUGUUCAUGGUGGUCAAACCGAGUUAAAAGAAGCCCACUGGCAUCCGCAGAUACCAGGACUAACAUUUACUACAGCAUUGAAUGGUUAUAAUGUUUUCCGCACUUGUAAUAUUUAAAACCCUCAUUAUUACCAUACACUGUAAAUACGACCUGUCUUUCUCUCCGACGAAAUAAUCUAAUGCUACUGUGAACUGGUGUGUUCAAGGUUGAUAUCGAAUUUCCUCAAAACCCAACAUGUUUUUCUCACUGAUUGAUAUAGAUAUUUAGCGUGGUCAACGUGUUCUGUUUCGUCAUAUAUUCUUAGUCUCAAACAACAUACAACCUGAUUGUGCAUUGGCAUAUAGCUUCUCAGAAAUCACUACAAAUAUGUUACAUGCUUAUGAAGUGAAAAGUGAUUGCAUUCGAAUGAUCUAACCAGUAAAAUUUGUUACUUAUUUGGUGUGUUUAAAUGUAUCUUAUCGUAACGUGUAAUGUGUCUGGCAGUAAAAUGUAAAUACACUGUACCUUUAAGACAUAGAAAAACAAAUGAAACUUCGC